AGAAGUGGGCUGAAGCUGUCGGUCGUGCUCCGCGUUCGUGCUGCGCGUUCGUGCUCCGCGCGACACAGGCACCGGCGCAAGGCGCCGUGGAGAUGCGGCCCUCUCGCGCCGACAUAAAGUACAACUGCUGGGUCCCGUCCAGCGGGCUCUCGUCGCCCGCUGUCACCGUCAUCAGUCAGUUCCAACUCAGCAACGCGACGCAGGCGAGCUUUGUCACCAACAACCGGCUGGCUUGGGCGGCGGCCCAGCGGUACCGCUACUGUGAGCUUGGCGUCCGGCCCGACCAGCUCCGGCAGAGCUGGGCGUGGGCGCGCAUCCCGCUGCUCCUCGCGACGCUGCGCUGCUCCGACUACGUGGUGCACCUCGACGCGGACGCGUUUGUGAUGCGGCCCGAGUGGGGCGUGGAGAGCUACCUGCGGCAGAUGCAGGAGCGGCGCGCGAGCCUGCUCGUCACGCGGGACUACCUCGACCUCAAGCGCUCGCCGAUCAACUUUGGAGUCCACAUCGCGCGAGCGACCGACUGGACGCUGCGCUUCUUCUCGGAGAUCUACAACAUGUGCGCGUGCGACUCGGCGAAGCUGCUCAACUGGCCCGCCGAGCAGGGACUAGUCGUCGAGUGGCUCCAGGCGCGCGGGCACGACCCGCUCACGGGCGGCGGCCCAGUCCUCGUCGUCGACAAUGCAGGGCUCAACCGGUUCCACUACCCGAGCUGGGACCACAAGCGAGGGGAGAGCGCGGUGCCGGCGCAGGCGCACAUCGUCCACUACGCAUGCUGUGUGCCCGCCAGGCCGCCAGCCGGCGGCAAGCGCAACUCGAGGCACGGCUUCGACCGCUCCUUCGACGCGCGCAUCAACGCCGCCAUCGGCGACUUCGCCCGCAUCCACGCGGCCAACCUCAGCGCGGCGGGAGGGGUGCGAGUCAUGCUGCAGCCGCCCGCCCGCUCGACGGCGGAGGGCGGCGCCGCCGCUCCGCCGGCGCCCCUCCCGUGGGGCGGCGCCAUGCAGCUGGCGUCGAGCCGCUGGCCGUGCGCCGCCGUUGGCCGCAGAGAGG